AACAGCAACACGAUCAUGCAGUCAGCUAUUCACGAAGAGGUCGCGCCGGCUGCGCAGGCGGCACGGCUUUCCGAGGUGUCCCUGAACGCAUCGGCGAGAGCCAGGGCUGCCGCUUGGCGUGGUGCGAGUCAGUCGAGCCCUUGCAAGCAAGUCGCGGCCGGCCGCGGCCAGGCGUUCUCCUCUUUCGUUUGCCCCACUCGCUGGACUCGCCUGACCCAAACUUGAUACGGAAUCCGUGCCGGAUGUAACUUCUGCACCCGUCGGAGCUGCAGUGAAGACGUUGCGCCCUGUCGAGAUCCAGCUCCCUCUUGGCCUCCUCGUAAGCUGCCACCAUGAACCGGACUGACUUUUAAGGAAAUUCCUCAGGCCUCCCGGGUCAGCCCUCCUGCUUUUCUGCACAAGCUUCGCUUUCCACAAAGGACGCGCGCUUGAAGCGCUCUCGGGAGACCGGCGGGCGGGACACAAACAAGGCCGCCGUGACACGCUGUCAAAUGUAAAGGAAGAAGAACAAACUUUUGGCGCGUUGUGGUCUGCCUUGGAUCCCUCCGAUUCUCCGGCUGGUAAAGGAGAGACUCAUCCGCGGCAGCCGCGAUGGCCGGCGAAGAGAAGCGCGCGGCACCUCCGUCCGUCGCCGUCCAGCCCGGCGGAGGACCCGGACGCUCCGACCUUGGCCGGCAAGUCCGGUUGUGGCCGCCAAAGCCGCGCGGCAUCCCCGCUCUCCUUCGCGACAGGAAGUUGUCGCGCGAGAGCGUUUUGGGCUCUCGCCAGCGCAGCCCAGAGGUCGGCCCUUCUCCCGGGCGACUGCCGGGCGAGGGAACGGGAGCCGUGGCCUCAAAGCCCGCGAGAGUUUGCGAAGGAUCUCGGUGCCCGCCGGACUUUAUAAAUGAGGGGGCGAAAGAAGGCAGAAGUGGUCCCCCCUGCCGCUCCGGCGCCUCCCGGCCGGAUGGGCCGCGUCUGCGUCGCUCCGGCCUGCCCGUCUCGCCGGCGGAUUUCCAGCAGACGUCGCCCUGCCGCUCCUCCCGACGCAGCCCGUCCGGCGAGCCCGACUCUCGGGCGCCCUCGCCCCGGCGGCCCGGCCGCAACGGACACGUCCUCAGUCACCCGCUCGCCGACGGCUUCUCCAUCUUCGAGCGGCUACGCGGCGCCGACGGGGGGGCCGAAGAAGACCCGGAGAACUCUGAGUUUGUCCGGAACCGCAAGGAACGUUCCACGGUCCUGGUGAGACGCUUCUUGAAGAAUAAUCAGAAGGUGACCAAGUGGGUGUGCGCCGGCACCCGAGCGAUCGUGCGCACGCUGCCCUCGGGCCGCAUCUCGGAGGAGGCCCGGCGGGACGUCAUCCGCCGCCCGACGUGGCCACCCGGCGACAAGGACGUCCCGCCGAUGCCGCCGCGCCGCGCGGGCGAAGACCUGCGAGUCUGCCGAGGGCUCUUGCGCUUCGUCCGGGCCAAGAUGUGCCAGGUGGCGCACAAUGUUCAAGAUGCCGCUGCACUUAACCUGACUCACCCUGCCAAGAAGCUCCUCCUGCUGCCGCCGCCACCGCCGUUCGAGUCUGGAUGCGUCAGCCCGCCGCUUUCUUGCUGGCCACCGCCCCCCGUCAGCGGGCGUCCACCCGGACCGGCUCGGAUCGCCCGUCCCCAUCCCAGCCAGGGAUCUUCUUCCGCGCCCAGGUUUUAUCUCGCAUGUGGUCGGAGGACAUCCGUUUGCUCCUUGCUGACCGGCGCCCUUCUGGAAGCCACGGCGGCGCUCGGGGCCCGCUCCGCCUUGCCCUGCCCGUCGGGCCCGUCCCCCAACAGCAGCCACGGCGUGCUGAAAGAGCGGCAGCUGGCCAACAGCAUGACCAGCGGCGGCGCUCUUCCCGCCAGCGCCAGCGGCAUCAGCAAGGAGCUGGCCGAGCUGCGGCACCUGGUGCAGUUCCCCGAGGAGAUGGCCUGCAUCCUGACUGAGCAGGAGCAGCGGCUCUACCGGCGGGUGUUUGCCUUGGACUACCUGCGCUUUCUGACUCGAGAGCUGGGCACCCCGGAGAGUCGGGGCAGACGGCACCCCGAGCUCCAAGCCUCGCUGUCGGCGCCCGGCGCGCCCACCCGCGCCAACGCCGUGGAGGACCUGGUGGCGCGCUUCAAUGAGGUGAGUUCGUGGGUCACCUGGCUGGUGCUGACCGCCGGCUCCAUGGAAGAGAAGCGAGACGUCUUCUCCUAUCUGGUCCACGUGGCCAAGUGCUGUUGGAACAUGGGCAACUACAACGGCGUCAUGGAGUUCCUGGCGGGGCUCAGGUCCCGCAAGGUGCUGAAAAUGUGGCAGUUUAUGCACCAGUCGGACAUCGAGACCAUGAGGAGCCUGAAGGAUGCCAUGGCGCAGCACGAGACCUCUCGGGAGUACAAGAAGCUCGUCACCAGAGCGCUGAAUAUCCCGGGAUGCAAAGUGGUCCCUUUUUGCGGGGUGUUCCUGAAGGAGCUGAGCGAGGCCUUGGACGGAGCCGCCAGCAUCAUCGGCCUUCAAAGGCCCGCCGACGACUCGCCGGAGUUUGUCUCCGACUACCGCGGACAGCGCGACUUUGUGUCCCGCGCCGGGCCGGACGGUCUCCACGUCCCGGAGAAAGAAGCCACCGUCAGCAACAUCCUGCAGAUCAUUAGGUCGUGCAAUCGCAGUUUGGAGGCGGAGGACCCCGAGGAGGCCCCCGCCGCGCCCUCUUCUCCAGCUUCCAGAAAUGACUCCCUUCGGGAUCGCUGCCGCUAUCGGUUCACGGUGGCCGAGCCGUCCGAUUCCCAAGGCGAGCCGUCAUCCGAGCCCGCGGCUAACGAGACGGAGUUCCGGGGCACGCGGGAGACGCACCGGGCCUUUUGCCACGGCAUCGAGCUCAUUCCUUGGUACGUGCUGUCCCUGCCACCAGACGUUCACCAGUUCCUGCUGCAAGGCGCCACCGUCAUCCACUACGAGCAGGACGGCCGCCUGUCGGCGCGCUGCCUGCUGAGACUGCAGCCCGACAACACCACGCUCACUUGGGGUAAGGCUCAGAAUGGGGGGGUCCCCGCCACAGAGCCGCCGCUGGGGCUGGGACAGACUGUGGUGGCGGGGCUGGCAGAAGGUCUGCUGGACCUCGCAGUGGUCAAGGCUGUGUUCCUGGGCCAUCAGGGGGUGGACAUCCACGCGGUUUGUUUGCAGAGCAAAUUGAGCCAAAUGACGGCGGAGGAGAACGGCCUGAGCCUCCUCUACGGCCUCGGUACCACCGACAACAGGCUACUGCACUUUGUGGCCCCCCAGCGCACCGCACAAAUGCUUUACAAGGGCCUGUCGGAGUUGGUGAACGCGAGCAGGAAGCUGAAGAAGUUUCCGGAUCAGCGGCUGCAGUGGCUGAGGAGGCAGUACGUGGCUUUAUAUCAGGAGGAAGGCCGAUACGAAGGGCCGACGCUGGCCCAAGCCGUCGAGCUGUUUGGCGGCCGCAGGUGGAACGUGGGUGCGAGUGGAGGAGAUAAAUCGGGGGCCCCCAAAAGCAGCCCUCUGGGAACCAACGACAAGGCCAAGAAGAAGAAGAAGGCCCUCGUUCGGGGAGACAGCGGGGACGCCACGGACGACGAAAUGGUUUGCAGGAAAACGCGCAGUUGUAAAGAGGGACGUUACCCAAACGGACCCGAGUCGGACGGCGUGGACCAGGAAGAUGCAGACGAUGGCUUCCCCGGACCGUUCUCCCUCACUUCCAAAGGAAGUCCCGGAUCGCUUGCCUCUUGCUCCUGCUCCUGCCCCUGCUCCUGUUCGUCCUCCUCCAGUAUGGCCGCCUCCAAGCAGUGCCGCCCGCAAUCCUCCCCGGUCCUUUCGGGGGGCGCCAAGGCUCAAUCGGGGUACUUUGACGUGGAGGCGUGGAGUAGCAGGUCCUGGCACGGGCGCGGCAAAGGCUCUUUCAAAGGCUUCCAGAACCUCAUCGUCUCUGACGGCACCAUGAGCUUCAGCGAGUUUGUGGAACUCUUCAAGUCUUUCAGUAUCCGCAGCAGAAAGGACCUGAAGGAGCUCUUCGACACCUUCGCCGUGCCUUGCGGUCGCUCGGCUGCGGAGUCGGCUCCCCUCUACACCAGCCUGAAGAUCGACGACGGGGACGCGGGCCUCCAGCCGGACCUCGACCUUCUGACUCGGAACGGCUCCGACCUCAACCCGUUGGUCAGGACCGGGCGGCAAAUGUUGGACGAGCAGAAGCAGAUCUCGGACGCCAUCGCCGCCGCCAGCAUCGUGACCAACGGGACGGGCGUGGAGAGCGCCUCGCUGGGCGCCUUGGGCUUGGCCAUCCCUCAGCUCAACGACUUCCUGGUCAACUGUCAGAGGGAGCACCGCAGCUACGACGACAUUCUGGCCAUGAUACAGACGUUUGAGCCGUCGGCCCACAUGAGGCUGAUGGGCCGGCUGUCGUUUGAAGGCUUCGCGAGGUACCUUAUGGACAAGGACAACUCGGCCUGCCGUAACGACGAAUCCGCGCUGAAGCCCGAGGAGCUGCGCUCCCCCCUGUCCCACUACUACAUCGAGUCCUCUCACAACACCUACCUGACCGGACACCAGCUCAAAGGAGAGUCCUCCGUUGAGCUUUACAGCCAGGUGCUGCUGCAAGGCUGCAGGAGUGUGGAACUGGACUGUUGGGACGGCGACGACGGCAUGCCGGUCAUCUAUCACGGGCACACGCUCACCACCAAAAUUCCUUUCAAGGACGUGGUGGAAGCCAUCAACCGCAGCGCCUUUGUCAACUCGGACAUGCCGGUCAUCCUGUCCAUCGAGAACCACUGCUCCCUUCCGCAGCAACGCAAGAUGGCCGACAUCUUUAAGUCGGUGUUCGGGGAGCGUCUGGUGACGCGCUUCCUCUUCGAGGGCGACUUCAGCGACGAGCCGCACCUGCCGUCGCCGCUGCAGCUUCGCGGGAGGAUCCUGCUGAAAAACAAGAAGCUGAAAGCCCACCAGGCGCCGGUGGACCUUUUGAAGCAGAAGGCUCACCAGCUGGCCCACAUGCAGGCCCAAGCCAGCAAUGGCUCGCCCGCAAGCCACGGCAACGAGGACGAGGAGGAGGAUGAAGACGACUACGACUACGACUAUGAGUCCUUAUCGGAUGCCGAUGUCCUCAAUGCCUCUACUGCCUCCUAUGGGCUGGAAGAUAACCUGCUGGAGGAAAAAUCAGAAGGGAAGAGCUCGCUGGACAAAGAGGAGCAGCCUGUGGACGAAGUGCCCAAGCGUAUGAAGAAGGGUGACGGCGACGGCACGCCGAGUAAAGGAAAGGUGUUUGACAUGGAGCUGGGCGAGGAGUUCUACCUCCCUCACAACAAGAAGGAGAGUCGGCAAAUCGCGCAGGAGCUGUCGGACCUCGUCAUCUACUGCCAGGCCGUCAAAUUUCCAGGCCUGUCCACGCUGUCUCCGUCCGGUUCGGCCAGGGGGAAGGACCGCGGCAAGAGCAGGAAGUCCAUAUUCGCCGCGGCCGCGCCGCGCCCCGGCCCGACGGGGGAGGUCUCGGCGCAGAGCCGCGCGCCCGGCAAAAGCGGCGCCGAGCGUCUGAGCUGGGACGAGCAGCAGCAGACGACGCCGCCGCCGCCGCAACCGACGUCACUCAGCGCCAUCAUCCGCACGCCAAAGUGCUACCACAUCUCCUCGGUCAAUGAGAACGCCGCCAAGCGCCUGUGCCGGCGCGACUCGCAGGGGCUCAUCCGGCACACGGCGCGCCAGCUGCUGCGGACGUACCCGGCGGCCACCCGCAUCGACUCGGCCAACCCCAAUCCGCUCCUCUACUGGCUGCACGGCAUCCAGCUGGUGGCGCUCAACUACCAGACGGACGACCUGCCCAUGCAUUUGAACGCGGCGCUGUUCGAGGCCAACGGCGGCUGCGGCUACGUCCUGAAGCCGGCCGCGCUGCGGGAGCCCGGCCGCCCCCUCGCCCGGCGCGUCUGCCCCGCCGAGAGAGACGCCGACGGGAGCGGCCCGGCUGUCUAUUCCCUCACGAUCGUGUCGGGCCAGAACGUGUGUCCGUCCAACGGCUCGGGCAGCCCCUGCGUGGAGGUGGACGUGCUGGGCGCGGCGGGCGACGGCUGCCACUUCCGCACCAAGCCCAUCCACCGCAACGCGCUCAACCCCAUGUGGAGCGAGCGCUUCCACUUUGCCGUGCACUCGGAGGAGCUGUGCUUCCUGCGCCUGGCCGUGGUGGAGAACAACAGCUCGCAGACCGCCGCUCAGCGGACGCUGCCCCUGAGGGCCCUCAAACCAGGUUAUCGACACGUGCAGCUGAGAACGCUACGCAACGAGCCCAUGGAAGUGUCCGCGUUGUUCAUCUACAGCAAACGGAUGCAAGAAAGUCCGCCGGGCGCCGCCACGUCUUCUUCGUCCCAGCCGUCGGAGCCCGAGGAGACGAAGGCCUCGCAACGGCACAGAGUGACGCUACACGGAGCUCCCGGUCCGGAACCUUUCACCGUCUUCUCAAUCGCAGAGCACACCACCAGCAAACAGUUGCUAGACACGAUCGCGACCUCCGAGGGGAAUCUCGCCGACUACUUCCUGUGCGAGGAGACGCUUCCCCUGUCCAAGGAGCGCGGCUGCGCUCGGCGGCGCCCGCUGGCGCCCGACGAGGAGCUGCUGCGGACGAUCUCGGGCUGGGACGCCGAAGAUGGCCACGUCAGGCGCCUCGCUCUGCGGACCAGAGAGGAGAAUCUAAACGACGACAAGAACGCGGCGGCAGAGGGUGAGGAGGAAGUGUUCACCUUUGGUGGGGGGAGAGCAGGACAAGGCGUCGCGGAGGAGGAGGAGGACAUGUUUUUAGUCCAGGUGCACGAGGUGUCCCCGGAGCAGCCCCACACCGUCAUCAAGGCUCCGCGCCGCAGCUCCGCCCAGGACAUCAUCCAGCAGACGCUGUCCAAGGCCAAAUACUCGUGCAGCAUCCUGUCCAACCCCAACCCCGCCGACUACGUCCUGGUGGAGGAGGUGACCAAGGACGCCUGCUCCAAGAAGUCGUCCGCCGCCAAGCCCGUCCAGCGCGUGCUUGCGGAUCAGGAGUGCGUCUACCACGCGCAAAGUCAUUGGAGGGGCGCCGGGAAAUUCAUUCUCAAGCUGAAAGAGCAGGUGCUGCGCGAGGACAAAAGGAAGGUGAUGUCCCUGGCCAGCGAGCUGAAGAAAUUGACCGGCCGCGGUCGCGGUGCGGCGGUGGAUGGCGCCGCCCACAGGUACGCGAGCGAGAGCACGGGGCCGAGUCGCCGAGGGCAGAGUGGGGAUGUCGCCCGCAGGCCCGGUCCUGCUCAUCCAGCGGAGGGCAGCAAAGACCCGACGCCAUCCCCGCCUCCUCCCUCGGCCCGCGCAAGCUUCACGUCCUUCACAACUGGAUGGAGGGACGGAGAUUGUCGCGGAGGUGACAUCCUUGCGGCCCUGUUUUCUCGCUGGCUUUGAAGGAGCGCGCCGCAGAGCUGGAUCGGCGGCGGCGGCGGCUUUGUGUCCAGGACCUUCGGGGGAUGGGUCAGCGCGACGGAGGCCCGCCGACGCAAAGUUUGGAGACGAGCCUGCUUCUUAAUUCCUGUCUUACUGCGUCGGCGCAUCGUACGGUCGGGGGAGGUUUUGGGCGGGCAAAACACGUCCAAGAAAUGCGCAUUUCAAGGUUGAAGCGGAAGGCGGAACCUAAACAUCAGCAUUUAAGGUGCUCCUAUUUUUCACACUGACUGACAAGCGGAUUCAUUCGCUAUGAAUGUUUGUUUGCCCUCAAAAGUUUGCACUUGUUCUGUCGUUUUUGACUUUAUUUUUCUCCCUAAUUUCGUGGCCGCGUAUUUCU